AUUUUCCCGGUGAAUGUUCGGUUGAGUCGUGGAAAAAAAAUCCUAAAAGUGUAUUUUUCAAAUUUAAUUGCUUUAUUUUUAUACACAUUGAGGUCAAAAGUUAUUUUGCAAUUUUAGGAGAAAAUUCCAAAAAAUUGUAAAGUGCAAAAUUUUCCUUGGAAAUUCAAAUUAGACUUAUGGAAUUUUUUCAUUAGGUAUUUAGAAAUUAACAUAUUGAUAGAAAAAAAUCGUAUACCUAUUAUAUUAAUGUAGUAAUGUAAUAAUAAAUUUUAAUUUAAUUGAAUUUCAAAGCGUGUCAUCAUUAAAACUGGAAAUUUUGAUGUUUUGUGAUCUCUGCAAGCAUUAUUUUACAAGCGCCCAUCAGCAGGAGUAACAAAUAUUCAUCAAAAUAAUGCUCAGAGAUUUAAUUAAGUAAUUAGUUCUAGUUUUAAUGCACCAGUGUGCUUUUUGGUCUUCAACAUUUCGAUACAGAGAAAAAGUGUAAUUACCCAAUUACCUUGUUCUAGAUUAAAAUCUAAAAUAUCUGCAUCGAGACUUAAAAUAUUCAUUGGUGCCUCAUCACAUGGUGCACCUUGAAAUCGCCAAUAAGUGGUACCUAAGAAAAUAAUCUCGUUGUUUACCAUUCCGAUUAUAUCGCGCAAAGGUGCAAAUUGUGUUUACGAACGAUAAUAAAAAUGAUUUUUAAUUAUUUCGACUUUAUAUGGUGUGUUAUCGGCUGCUUCACUAAAGAAUCAUGAAGAUUUUUGGUUUUGCUUUAUGGUUCCUUUUUUUUGCCGUUUCAAUACAGGACGACUGCUUCUACGAAAACGCUCAAUCGUUGCUGUGUAGAAAAUUCCUUCCCACAGGCACUUUUCCUAAUGUUGAACGGUUAAAUGUAACGCAAGUAAAAUUGGAAAAGUUAAAUUUUCAUUAUUUCCAGGAAGCAUUUCCUAAUUUGAAAAGUUUGACUCUUAUUGGUGGUAAUGUUACUCAACUGAAACAGAUUAUAAUGCCUCAAGGACCUGCUUUAGAAAUUACAGUUUUACAUUUGUCCGGAUUACAAAUCACAAGUUUUUGCGACAAUUUUACCAACUAUUUCCCCAACUUGAAACUUCUAAACGUUUCCGGCAAUUACUUAAGCGAAUUUCCCAAGUUUUCUUUUGAAAAUCUCACAGCAGUUUAUUUAUCAGAAAACAAAUGGAACUGUUCAAAAAGCUUGGAAUGGUCUUUGGACCUAAACAAAACCGUAUUCAAAGACUUGGAGUCGCUACGCUGCUUCAAAAUGCCCCACAGCAACAAACCUAUACUAGCCAUAGCCAAGUUUCGAAAAAUUACAAGGGAAACUUGUACGCCCAAUUGCACCUGCCAGUUGAUCAAGUGCGUCACCGACAUGGAUUCAGGCGUAUUGGAACCGAUAAUCGAAGUGGAUUGUUCGUUUAGGGGCUUCACAGAGAUGCCCUCAACGAUUCCGCCCAAAACUAAAAUUUUGAGGCUCGAAGGGAAUUUUAUUGACGAUCUUAGCCCUUUGAAAACAAACUUCAAUUACAGGGGCCUCUUAGACUUGUUUUUGGACAACAAUAUCAUAUCAAAUGUAAAUAUUUUGGAAGGUUCCUAUUGGUUGACGCAUUUUCGGUAUUUUUCGAUUAGGGGCAACCAAAUAAGCGAACUUCCAGCCUAUGCCAUUGAUAAUGCUCUUCAGCACAACAGCAACAUGCCCAACGCUGUUAGACUGAUCCUAGGCGAAAAUCCUUGGAGGUGCGAUUGUCUUUUUGCUCCUAGGUUCAAGACGUUCUUGCAAAAAUACGCCUCCCAAGUUAUCGAUAUAAAAGAUAUAAGGUGCGCCAAGGAUUCUGAGCACCCUCUAACACCGAUAAUUGAUUUAUCUAGAAGCUCGGUUUGUCACUCGCCUUCUGAAUACACUAUCCAAGAAGCCCUAGAUUUGUUAAAUGGAAUUUUAGCGUUUUUAAUUGUUUUUGUACUCAGUAAAUUGGCUUAUGACUAUUAUUAUUUUAAGAAAACUGGACGAUUACCUUGGAUUGUCACCAAAUUACCUUAAUAAUCAAUUAAAUAAUACACAAACAAAAUUGAUUUGUAUUUAUUUGUUUAUUUUGUUCGCCCUAAUCUAUUUAUUUUUACAUCAACUCGUGAAUAAGUUAAAGAGUAAUUUGAAAAAUAAGCCAGCGAGAUCCAUUUCUCAUCUUUUUCUUCAGAUAAAAUUGACUAGAGUUUCAAGAAAAUUUCAGGAAUGCAAUAUGUUCAACAUUAUUUACAAUAACUUGUGGGGAAAUAAUUAUUUACACCUUGUUUUUAUACAACUAAUCCUAGUGUAAUAAUAACACUAUACAAUGGCAUAAUAACAAAUAUAGGACAAUAAUCACAGCUUAAAUUAAAUAGAAAUUCUGACAACACUGGCAAAUAAUUUAGAAUACAGACUCGGCGGAUCGGCUCAAAUGAACUGGAUGCGACGGACUCCUUUCCAGUUUCUUUUUGGGCAACUUUCCCAAAAUAUCGGAAAGUUUUUGAAAAUCUGGUCUCUUAUCCUCUUUAAAUUGCCAACAGAGCAUCAAAAUAUCCUUGACCUCGGCAGAGGCUUGCAAAUUAGCCAAAGGUUGUUUGAUGCCUUUGCCCACUUGCCAAAUGACAGCUUCGGGGGGUUGAUUUUUGAAAGGCCACUCGCCGCAAAGAAGCUCGUACCAAACCGUACUGAAAAGGUUUAUUUUAGAAAAACGAAUAAGUUUUAGGUAAAAUUUUACCCAAAAGCGUAAACGUCGGAAAAUAUUGUAAAGGGCAACUCGUUUUCUUGAAACCUGUGAGCGUCCAGCGCCCGCAUUAUUGCCGGAGCCAAGUAACACAGCCAUCCAGACGGAAUGCUUAAGCUUUCAGUCCUAAUUUUUAAUAAAAAUUAGAAUGACUCAAACAUUUUGACACAAACUCACCUAUAUCCGAAGCACAGUUUCGUAACGCUAAACAAACCGAAAUCAGUUAUCACAACUUUUCCAUUUUCCAGGAAAAUAUUUUUCGUUUUUAGGUCUUUGUGGACAAUACCUUUUGCGUGCAAAUAGCCCAUACCCUAUAAAAUAAAGAUCUAUAGGAACUAUUUUGCUGAGAAAAAUCAUCAAGUUGUUUUACAAGGACCAAUGUUUAACUUGUAUGAAAAUAUUUCCCACCCCUCACAAUCAGAGAAGUCAAUAUUUAAAGUAAAUUUUACCUCAAGUAGAUAUAAGUAGGUACUUUAAGGGCCGAUACUUUUGCUCCCGAUUAACGAAUUUGAUACGUUGUCAAAGUUUUGCAUGGGCCAAGGUGUAUAAAUUUGAUGUGGUUAGAGCACAUUCUAACCCCUGAUUAUUUUUAACGGCGUCAAAUGAGAGCAAAAGUACCGGCACUAAGAACCGGUACUUUUGCUCUCAUUCGACAGCCCUUAAAAAUAAUCAGGGCUUUGAAUGUGCUCUAACCACAUCAUACUUAUAUAGACCUUGGUCCAUGCAAAACUUUGACAACAUAUCAAAUUCGUUAAUCGAGAGCAAAAUUAUCGGCCCUAAAUAUAUUUCUUAGGGCCGAUACUUUUGCUCUCGAUUAACGAAUUUGAUACGCUGUCAAAGUUUUGCAUGGGUCAAGAGGUCUAUAGGUAUGAUGUGGUUAGAGCACAUUCUAACCCCUGAUUAUUUUUAAUGGCUGUCAAAUGAGAGCAAAAGUACCGGCACUUAAACUACUUUUUUUGUUAUGUACAGGGUGGCCCAAAUUCGAGCCUCAUCAUUGGGAUAAAAAACCAUAAGAGGUACAAGGUCGGUUGAAUUAUUGCAGAGUUGCGCAAUUUUAUGACCAAUAGAAUGCUGUUUUGAAAUUAGCAAGAUUCUGAAUACUUCCGGAGAUAUUGGGAAAAAACCGAAAUUUUGUAAAACCGUUUUUAUUUUUUCCCGGUCUUAUUUGAAGAGCAAUUUCAAAAUAAAUGCCACUUCAUCGUUGUCACUUUUUCCCCUUUAGAAGAUGGUGCUACUAAAUUUAAAAUCCGACGUUUCGUCUUCAGGCGGCCAUCCUCAACUUCCUUUUUUUUAAAUACGGACCUGGAUUUUUUAUUUGCGAUUUUGUCAUCUUUGGGCAAACCGAUACUGUUUAUAAUUUUUCAAUAACACAGUAAAAAAAGCAGGUCCGUAUUUAAAAAAUAAAUAAAUUGAUGAUGAUUUAUUUCAGAGGAACGAAACGUUGGAUUCCAAAUUUAAUACCGUUAUUUUGUAGAGAAGAAAAAGUGAUAAUGGGAAUGUGAAAUUAGUUUUUCAAAAUCUUUUAACUUUGCCAUAAUUCAACCGACCCUGUAUCUCUUAUGGUUUCCGAGAUCCCAAUGAUGAGGCUCAAAUUUGGCCCACCCUGUACAUACUUGUGUCAACUCUGCUUACAUAUAAAAAGUACGAUAAUAUUACCUGACAAAUUUGCUGACCCAUCAUCGUAGUCUUGUUAAUAUUAAACUUAUCCUUCCUCAAGUGAAUAUGAGUGAACAAUGUAUUGCCCUUACUAAAACUAGUCACGAUGGCCAAUUUGGGCGGUUUCAUGCAAGCGCCCAUGAACAGUAUUAAGUUGUCGUGGCGCGUCUUACGAAAAAUUGCCACUUCCAUUUUGAACUGUUCCAGCGUUUUAUCAUCUUUGACGUUCAACAGUUUCACUGCCACGUCGCCGUGCCAGUAACCGCGAAACACUGUGCCAAAACGACCUGUACCAACUUCUUUGAACAUUUUCAGUUCAUCAUAUGGA